AUGGCCCCAUCAGCAACCACCGAUGCUCCCACACAGGGAUACAAGCCAAAGCACAUUGAAGACCGCCUCUUCAUCAAUGGUGAAUUUGUUCCUUCAAAGUCGGGGAAGAAGUUCGACAUCAUCAACCCCAACAACGAGAAGUUCGCUGCAUCAGUCUAUGAAGCUGGCGCUGAGGAUGUCGACGAGGCCGUGAAGGCGGCUCAGGCUGCUUUCCCUGCUUGGUCCGCCCUUUCUGCCGCAGAGAGACAAGGAUAUAUUGAAAAGUUGGCUGAUGCCAUCGAGAAGAACCUGGAGGAAAUUGGUUACCUGGAAGCCAUUAGCAUGGGCAAGCCCUACAUUGGCGACUUCUUUGGCCACGUCGGUGUUCAGAUUCUGAGAUACUUUGCAAGCAGAGCUCUUGAUGUCCAAGGAGAGUCGUCCCUGAAUACCAAGGACAUGGUCAAUAUCACUUUCCGUCAACCUUUUGGGGUUUGCGGUGCCAUUAUUCCGUGGAACGUGCCUCUCCUCAUGCUCAUCAACAAGGUCGGCCCUGCACUUGCUACUGGCAACACCCUGGUCCUCAAAUCCUCCGAGAAAUCACCUCUUUCCUCCCUUGUCAUCGGUAGGCUCUGCCAGGAAAUUGGUCUCCCCAAGGGUGUCUUGAACAUCCUCAGCGGAUACGGAAGACCUUGUGGUGAGGCUAUUGCCAAGCACAUGGACAUUCGAAAGGUCUCCUUUACAGGUUCCGUCAUCGCUGGUCGAGCUGUCAAGAAAGCUGCCGCCGAAUCCAACCUCAAGAAUGUCACUCUGGAAUUGGGUGGCAAGAGCCCGUUGAUCAUCUUCGACGACGCAGACCUGGCCAAGGCCGUCCCGGCUUCUGCUUUCUCUAUCCUCGCUAAUUCCGGCCAAGCUUGCAUCGCCAGCUCGAGAGUGUACAUACAUGCCAACAUCGCCGAUAAAUUUAUGGAAGCAAUGAAGACCGCCAUGGUCCAGAUGGGGACGUCGGGCGAUGCCACGGUCGCUGGUACCCGACGAGGACCCCAAGCUGACAAGAUCCAAUUCGACCGCGUGAUGGGCUACCUGAACUAUGCCAAGGAGCACGGUCUCGAGAUGCCUAUCGGUGGCGGCCGAGAAGGCACAACCGGUUACUUCAUUGAACCUACCAUCAUCGCCAACGCUCCUGAGGACUCCAAGGUCAUGAAGGAGGAAAUCUUCGGACCUGUCGUGUGCAUCAACACUUUCACGGACGAAGAGGAGGUGCUGAAGCGCGCCAAUGACACCGAAUAUGGGCUGUACGCAAGUGUCUUCACCAAGGACAUCUCCCGGGCUUUGCGUGUGGCCAAGGCUCUCGAGGCUGGAUCUGUAGGCGUCAAUUGCACGAGCCCGACUAUGGCCAUUGACAUGCCGUUUGGUGGCUUCAAGCAGAGCGGCGACGGACGUGAAUUGAGCAAGUAUUCGACGGAUUAUUGGACUGAGUUGAAGUCUGUCUUCAUCUCCUUGUAA